GCCCCUCUCAAGAUGGCGCUGCGCCUGCUGCGGACAGCGUGGAGGUACCGCGGCCUCGCUCGGGCCUUCCGCGGCGGAGCCGAGGCCGGUGCCGCCUCCCAGGACUCGGGCGCUUGGCGCGUUUUCUCGGGCAUCCAACCCACGGGGAUCCCCCACCUGGGUAACUACCUGGGGGCCAUUGAGAGCUGGGUGCGGCUGCAGGAGCAGGAGUGCUCAAUGCUGCUGUGUAUUGUGGACCUGCACUCUCUCACCCUGCCCCAGGACCCGGCUGUGCUGCGCCAGAGCACCCUGGACAUGGCGGCCGCCUUGCUGGCCUGCGGCGUCGACCCAGGCAAGUGCAUCCUCUUCCAGCAGUCCCAGGUGCCUGAACAUGCAGAAUUGAGUUGGAUCUUGGGCUGUCUGAUCCGACUGCCGCGGCUCCAGCACCUGCCUCAGUGGAAGAUGAAGAGCGCCGGCAAGAGGCAGGACGGCAGCGUGGGUCUCUUCACGUACCCGGUGCUCCAGGCUGCAGACAUUCUGCUGUACAGGUCCACACACGUCCCCGUCGGUGAAGACCAGGUCCAGCACAUGGAACUGGCCCAGGAUGUCGCUGAAACCUUCAACAAGAAGUUUGGGCCAUUCUUCCCUGUGCCCAGGUACAUUUUGACCUCGACGAAGAGGGUGAAGUCCCUCCGUGACCCUUCGGCAAAGAUGUCCAAGUCCGACCCCGACAGACUGGCCACGGUGAAGGUGACCGACAGCCCCGAGGAGAUCGUGCUCAAGUUCCGCAAAGCCGUGACGGACUGCACUUCAGCGGUGACCUAUGACCCUGCGGCCCGCCAGGGGGUGUCCAACCUGGUCGCCAUCCACGCUGCGGUGGCCGGGCUGACUGUGGAAGAGGUGGUCCGCCAGAGCGCCGGGCUGGACACCGCCCGCUACAAGCUGCUGGUGGCUGACGCCGUCAUCCAGAAGUUUGCGCCCAUCAGGGCGGAGAUUGCGAGGCUCCUGGCGGAUACCGGACACCUGGAGGGGAUCUUAGAGGCCGGUGCCAAGCGUGCCAAAGAGCUUGCGGGGCCUGUGGGCCAGGAGGUCAGGAGACUGGUGGGGCUCCGCUAGUUGCUCGAGAGUCCCAGGACCAUUGAAAGUAGCCUUCCGGUCAGGCCCGAGUUGGGACCCCCGAGCACAUCGACCGGGGAGCUGGGGUCUGCGACCCAGGAUCAAUGUCUCUGCUUUUUCAUCCCAGUUCCUCUUGCAGCUGUGCUGGAGAGACGGACCCAAUUAAAGCCCCAGGGAAGCCCCUAUCUCCAGGGGCUCAAAAGAGCACCUUC